GGUUCGAGUUAGAAGCACACAACAAAGUUCUAAGUGUUCUCCAACAUGUCCAAUCCGCCAAGCCUUUCAAAACAGACGCGACCAUCAGCCGUCCCGCCCAACGCGUUUGAUUCCUCUCUUUGGUGGGUCGACCACGGCCAUGGGAUCGCCUCAGAGGCGGGAUCGAGACCGCCGAUCCGGAGAUCGCCCCCGUCAACGUCGUCGACGGAGUCGAUCCCGCGAUGGCUCGUCCGCGGCUAAGAAACCCGCUUUUCGAGACAACGGCCAUCGUUCAGCCCACUCCCGAUCACCCCGCGAACGUCGAGGAGCGAGUCGAGAUCGGGACGAUAUUCGUAAUGGACGCGUUUCUCGAUCCGAUGCGGAUACGGCUCCCGACGCGGAUGAGGCCGUGGAGAAACAGGGGCCCAAUUUCGAGGUCUCGGGCAAGCUCAUGGAGGACACAAACGUGUUCAACGGGGUGGUCAUCAAGUAUAGCGAGCCCCCGGAAGCCCGAAGGCCCAAAAGACGAUGGCGGUUUUAUGUGUUCAAGGGCGAAGAGACCCUGCCCAUUCUUCAUUUACAUCGACAAUCCGCCUUUCUCAUGGGCAAAGACCGGAAAAUCGUGGAUUUGCCCAUUGAUCAUCCCUCGUGUAGUCGCCAACACGCCGUGUUACAGUAUCGAUUGGUGAACGGGCGGAUCUUGCCGUACAUCAUUGAUUUGGGGUCCUCCAAUGGGACGUUUUUGAACAAUAAGAAGGUCGAGGCCAAACGUUACUAUGAACUGCGGGAAAAGGACGUGCUCAAAUUCGGGUUUAGCAGUCGCGAAUAUGUGCUGCUCCACGAUCAGAGUCAAGACGGCGAGGACGAUUGAUUGACCGCGGACCACAAAUGUACUCAUAUAUAUAUAUCAAACACUUGUGUCAAAAUCGCCUGCCAGAUCCACACCGGUCCAUCCUACAUUUGUCCCCAGUAUUCUGUAGCUACUAGUACAAAAUAUAUGCACCCUCUCACCCUCA